AUGGCACUCUCGACCAACACUGCUCUGAUAUGCCUCUGCUGGGCCAUUGCUUUCGCGUGCCCCAGCCUUGCCAUUUCACGAACCGUCGGUGAUCCUAGCGAUGCCGUUGUCCAGGACAUCGCUGCGAACUGCACGGCACAGCCUGGCAUCGGCUUCAAGUUCGGCCACUGCCCGUACCUGAUCCGGUGUGUCCUAAGCCAGAUCCCCGAAGACAGGAGCGCAGGGUGGCAGAGCGGCAGCAACAUCGCGUCGCUUGUACCGACUAUUCUAGCACUCAUAGGUGCCGGACCCCUUGACCUCGUCGAGCUCGCGCUGGUGUCUCCCGUCAGGGCCCUGGCGACCUGCGUCUUCGCCAUCGGCCUGCCCCAGAGCCUCUUCCGCCAGCUCGGGCUGCACCAGUCCCGGCUGUCCGACGUGCUGCCGCGCUCGCCCCGCGUGCGCGAGUGGCGCGUGAGCGUCCCGCGCUCGUCUGGAGCGAGCCCCCGCCAGAAGUGGAAGUGGGCGGCGACGUCGCGCCGCCGCGCGCUCAAGGCCGCCGCCGUGGACGCGGCCGUGCUCGCGCUGGCGGGCGUCAUGCUGUGGCAGAACGUCGCCCUCGGCCGCCAGAGCAUGGUCACCUGGCGCUGCGAGUACAGCUGGCUGCUGCUGUGCUGGCCGGUGGCGUGCGCGGCGUGGCUCGCCAUCGCGCUGGGCCUGCUGGCCGCGCUGGCGCGCGACGUCCGCAUCCGCUUCACGGAGGACGGGCCCGGCGUGCGGCGCUCGUGGGCGGAUCUUCUGCGCUUGAUGUACCGGGUGCCGGAGCCGCGUGGGGCGCCGCCGCUGGACCGCGGGAGGCAGAUCCCAGGGGUGAAAGAUGGUCAGGGGCGGAAAGAGAGAGCAGACGGGGAUGAGGUGCGGGAGGUGAUGCCGGGCUCGGACGAGCCUGCGUUUGUGCUGACGAUCACGAUGAGAUAUGACACGGCAUGGAGGUGGUAUGAGGCUGCCAUCGAGGCGCUUGCAGUGGGGAUCUAUCUCUAUGCGACGUUUGUCUUGACGAGCUCGUUGUUCAUCAGUGGCAGCGUAGGCAUUGUCUACAUGACGACCAUGGUCUUGUGUUUGAGUGCUAUUAGGAUCGUUGAGGCUAUAUAA